AUGGGUGUUCCCCAACAGCAACCUUUUGGUUACAAAUGGCGCUCUUCCAAAUGGUUUGUUAUCUCUACUGUCACUCUUGCCUUGUUUGGUGAAACCUUCCUAUAUGCAUUCAUUGUUCCUAUUUUAGACUACAUGUUACGGACUCGCCUGCACAUUGAUCGCUCCAAGACUCAGAGUGUUACGUCUGCAGUACUCGGCCUCCAUGGCGCUAUCUCUGUCGUCGCUGGUCCCAUCAUCGGUCAUUUCGCCGAUAAGACCCCAAACCGCAAGACACCAUUACUGCUUUCUCUUAUCACCUGUAUAAUAGGGACCCUCAUGAUUGCCAGCACCCAUUCGGUUCCGAUCCUCUUACUAGGUCGCGUCUUGCAGGCAGUUGCGGGAUCCGCAGUCUGGAUCAUCGGCUAUGCAACCAUCGCAGAUACCGCGGAUCAGGCGAAUCUCGGCACGAUAAUGGGGAUUGCAAUGUCUUUUGUCAACUUGGGAGUCAUCGGCGGGCCCGCAGUCUCUGGGUUGUUACUGGAAGUGGCGGGAUAUUGGAUAACUUGGAUGACACCGCUCCUCAUUUUGGCUAUCGAUCUUGUCGCGCGGCUUUUGAUGAUCGAGAGUCCGUCGAAGAGUUCAUCUCCUAAUACAAGGUCCACGAAGACAGCAGAGACGGCAGACUUAACAGAGACCACGGGUCUACUGAUCUCGCAUGACGAUCCUCAAGACCUACCCGACGAGGCAGGCGGCUUUUGGCGUAUUAUGCUGUGUGAUGCUCGCGUUCUGACUGUUCUACUCAUUCAGAUAUUGAGCAUAGCAGUGGGAACGUGCUUCAACGCGACUAUUCCGCUAUUUGUACAAGAAACCUUUGGAUGGGGUCCUAGUAAGAUUGGAUUCCUGUUCUCCUGCUUAAUCCUGCCCAGUCUCCUAGUCGGUCCCCUCGCAGGCUGGAUUCGGGACCGUGUCGGGACACGAUAUCCUGCUGCAAUUUCGUUAGUUCUUCAGGCAGCGGUGUUAGUACUAUUGGGUAUUGCUGGAAACGAGCGAAUCACCUGGGCGAGUGCUCAGAACUAUGGCGGGACACUUUAUAUAGCAUCUAUCGUGGCUAUGGGUGCAUUGCGGCCUUUUAUGGCUGGCUUAGGACCUAUCGAAUUGACUGCUGCUGUCAAGUCACACCAAGACCGGACCCCAGGUAUCUUUGGGCCCGAGGGAGGGCUAUCCCGGGUGUUUGCUAUGAUGGAGGUUGCUGCUUCCAUUGGGAUGACAAUUGGUCCAAUUGUGGGUGGUUCGCUCAAGGAACUCUUUGGUUACGACUAUAUGAACUGGACUUGGAGUCUGCUUUAUAUCUUCCUUGCUGGGCUUGUAAUGUGUUUCUUAGGAUCCGAGGAUCCCGAUAUAAUUUCCCCUGCUGAUGGAGACUGCUAG